CCUCUCAUAUAGCUUAUUAAGAAACAAAAAUGGGUACCAAAGUUACAACACUCUUUGUUUUUGCAAUGUUCUUUGCUCUAUGUUCAGCUAUUCCUACCAAGAAAAAGCAAUACACACCAUGCAAAACCAUGAUCCUUUACUUUCAUGACAUAAUUUACAAUGGAAAUAAUGCAGCAAAUGCAACAUCAGCAAUAGUAGCAGCUCCACAGGGUGCUAACUUAACAAAACUGGCACCUCAAUUCCGGUUUGGUGACAUAGUUGUUUUCGAUGACCCUAUCACUUUGGAUAACAAUCUUCAUUCAACACCAGUUGGAAGAGCACAAGGGUUUUACUUAUAUGAUACCAAAAACACAUACACUGCUUGGCUUGGUUUCACAUUUUCUCUUAAUAGCACCUAUCAUGAAGGAACCAUUACUUUUGCUGGAGCUGAUCCAAUUCUGAAGACAACUAGAGAUAUAUCUGUGACUGGUGGCACUGGAGAUUUCUUUAUGCAUAGAGGAAUUGCUACUCUUAUGACUGAUGCUUUUGAAGAUGAUGUUUAUUUUCGACUUCGGGUUGAAAUUAAGUUCUUUGAGUGUUGGUAAUUUUAGAUUACAUCUAUGAAAAAGAAAAUAUAUUAUAAGUUAUGUUCUUUUGAGUGUUGGUUCUUUGUCUUAAUCUGAGGUUGUUUUGUUUGUCAGUUUUUAAGUGAGGUUGUUUGACAUUCUGUUUUGAUUCAGGUUGUUAGACUAGUUCAUAUUUGCAUUGUAUUUUGAUUUUGGUGUUUUUAUGAUAUUAAGUUGAAUAUUGUGAACUUAUUCUCAAGGUCAUCCUUUUUUUUUUAUUAGCAAUUAACAAUGUUGUGU